AUGGGUCUACAACAUUUGUUUAUGAUUCUUUUUCUCUUUGGAUUUGCAAAAUCACAACCUACUAUACACCCUUUUAACCAUACUGAUUUACAAGCAGCAAUAGGUGACAUGAGAGCAAGAUCUUUCUAUGGAUUUGCAAUGCUUUUGCAGAUGCUAAAUGGAACAUCACAACCAAGUAGGGAGUUAACUUAUUUAAUGCCGGGUGAUAGAGAAUUAUCUGCUUCAGCUAUGUCAGCUGAUGAAAUUGAAGAUUUUUUAUUAAGUCAUGCAAUUCUUAUGCCUUUGUAUUUCAAUGAUUUAUCUCAUUUUCCAACUGGUACACUUGUUCCUUCAGGAAUGGAUUCUAGAAUGAUUAGGAUUCAUAACCGUGGGAGAGGAGAUUACUUUGUUAAUAAUGCGCAAAUUGUUUCGGUUAAUGUUUGUUUGAACUCUGUCAUCAAAUGUCAUGGAGUUGAUGCAAUAAUUGAAUAUGAUUAA